GAAUCCCAAUCAGCGGAGUUGGAUGUUGGUGAGGGCGAGCAGUCUGCUCACCUCCCUAUUCUCGGUCACGUGGCAUCGGCAUCAGCGCUUUCUGUGUGCGCUGAACAGCCAGCACCAGCGGCGACUAACGCAGACGAAGAUCCUACUUGGCUCUUGUACUUGCUCGGCAGCUGCAUGGUGCUUGGUGUGUUUGCCCUGGGCGUCGUAAUGUACGGACUUACUCGGCCAGACAGGGCACCUUCUAGGCUAUGGAAGCCGGCGCUCGUGCCCGCUGCCCAGCCGACGACAGAAGGGGGCCACAUCCCGCGCGUGCCAACAUUCCAGCCACCACCGGACGAAUACGUAACGGUCACGGAAGAAGUCGGGCCUUUGCCGAUGAACAAGAGAGUCCCCGUGAUGUGCACCGUGAGCAACACGUUCGGCCCCUCCGACAUUCUGCCGGCGGACGGCGUGUGCGACGCCAUCUUCUACGACUCGCUGUACCGCGACGGCCGCAACACGUUGAACAGGGCCCACGACGCCAGCCUCGAGCGGUUCCUGGACCUUGGCCAAAGCAUGCAGCUCACGGGGGUCGGAGUCUCGUUCGACGUGCACAUGGACGUUCGCAAAGUUGACGUGACGUCAGCCAACGUCACAUCCGGCAUCCUGAAGCUGUGGAACCGCGGAGUGAGCCACUUUGGCGCACUUCGGGUGUAUACGACAGCAAGCGUGGAGGAUGAAGUCAUCGCAUUUCUGUCGUUCCUCCAGGCGGUGGAGAAUAAGAUCCUAGGACGAAUGAACACUAGCCGUCCAUAUUACACAGUCGUUGGUGUGAGCUAUCAUCGAGAGGCCUCUUACGAGAACGUCAUACGACAUAUGAAGUACGUCUACAAGCCGUUCCUAUACGUCAUCGUUAUUCACGUUCCUUACGCGGAUUGGGAACUCCAGGGAUGUCUCAUUCUACCUCCGACGCUACUAGAGACUCCUGUCGGCGCCACCCAAUUCAAUCAGUCAAAUGUGAUGGAGGCGAUGCGUUACAUCCAGCGCGUGCACAGCCACGACGUGCACGUUCCCAUGGCCAUAUCGUUCACUCUUCGAGCCCGCUUCUACAAGCCUGCAGAUCUCUCCGGCAAUGGUCUCGCCUUCUACAAGCCGUUUCGAAAGUGUCAGGAUCACGGCGGCGACAGAGACGUGUCGCCCGCAUCCGUUUGCAAGGAUCGGUACGUUUCAAACUUCAAUUAUUUCGGUGACAGAGAGUCUGCCUUUACCUUCGACGCCCAACGAGAACGGACAGUCACGUACGACACCCAGAUAACAAUAAAAACAAAGCUCUGCAAAGCCAAACAGGCCUACCCGGAUGUCCCCUUCGGCAUCGCGGCUUUCGACGUCAACCUUGACAUCGCAAAAUCUGCCUGCAACGAUUUGCAAAUUGAAGCCGGCAGUUUCACCAGACUCAGGGUGCUGAGCAAGAUGGACGACUACAUCAGUGGUUCCGUCUCGACCUUCCAAGAGUGCAUGAACGCGGCAUGAGAAGUUCAUCCGCGUCUUUCCCCUCCGAUGGCAACUAUCCGACAUCACGCGACCGCGUCACGGGACUCUGUUAAAACACGAGAAAAUUGCGGAAGCAUUAAUACAUAAAAAAUAACAGAUAAUGCGCUGCGUUAAAGGAUUUACUGGAGUGAUACGUAAACACAGCAAUAUGAAGCGCUGAACAACGUAAUGUAGCGCAGUGUAAAGUAAACUCAACAAAAAAGCACGCAUGAAAGAAUGCAACACUCCUACUUUGACUGACUUCUCUUGUUUCGUCAGGUUGUUUCUCAUCGUGCUGCUAAUCUCGAGAACAUGGGUUCGACUCCAGGCCACGGCGGCCGCAAUUCAAUGGCGAGAACGCCCCCGUACGUUGAAUUACACGCGCUUUACAGAACCCCA